GAGGCUGUUUUAUUUUUAUCAGCAUAUGAUCACUAAUUUUGAUAAUCGAAUUGUAAACUGUAAUAAAAAAUAAUUUUACUAUUUAUCAGUACGAUGCUAAGUAUUGUAAUUUAUUAAAAUAAAGUGUUCGAAACCACAGAUCAAGAUGAAUCCUAUGACCAAUGUAAAGAACGUGUUAAAACUAAGCAAGCAAGAACUAGCCGGCAAUUCCAAAUCAUCUUGGCACGAUCAAUACAAAGACAGUGCAUGGUUAUUUGUCGGUGGUCUGCCGUACGACUUGACCGAGGGAGAUAUCAUUUGUGUGUUUUCACAAUAUGGAGAAGUGGUUAAUAUAAACCUGGUAAGAGACAAAGCCACAGGUAAAUCGAGGGGUUUCGCAUUUAUAUGCUAUGAAGACCAACGCUCAACUAUCCUUGCUGUAGACAAUUUGAAUGGAAUCAAGAUCUUGGGUCGCACUGUGAGAGUAGACCACUGUGAGUCAUACCGAGCACCAAAUGCUGACAUGAGUAAGGUUGACGAUGUGACAGCAGCCCUGCGACAUGAGGGGUGUGCUCCUGCGGUACCGAAAGCCGAACCAGUCACAAUAAAACAAGAACCAGUCAAGGAAAAAAAGGAAAAAGUCAAAAAGAGCAAAAAGAAGAAAAAGAAAAGAAAUAGAAGUUCUGAUUCUAGUGACUAGAUUAAUAAAUAAUCUUCUAAAUCGAAUUUAAAGAAUUUCACUUUCAUUCGCACAAUGGACAAUACUUGAAAAAUACUAUAACAGAUCAAUAAAAAUAUUACAAUAUAAGUUAACAAUGAAUAUACCAAGUCACUUGACCUUAUUUCUUAAGAAUAGUUUCUCUGAUUAUUGGAAAGAUAAAUUGUCUUAUAAUAUAAGGCAUUAUUUUUAUGUUAAGUUUGUCACCCUAAGUUUUGUUGAAUACUGUUUUGAUGCCAUACAGUACUUUUUGUUGACUGUAAGCAAUUAUACCAUCAGAGUUGCA